CCGCAAUUAAACAAUUUGAAGAAGAACAAAAGAAAUGCUGAUGAAGUUUUCAAUGCAAUCAGUUUAGCUGCCGAAGUAAUUAGUGAACAAGAUUGUUUUUAAUUAUUAUGAUUUAAAUUUCGUAAAACGAAAAAUAUCUCGCCAUUUGUACCACGAAGUAAGUGUUCAGAAUUGAUGUUUAUAGUAGAGAAAAGUUUCUAUCAAUUAAAAGAUAUAAUAGUCAACUGGACAAACCGAAAACUGUUCAAAUUCGAGAGUUUCUAUAAAUAUCGUAAGAAAAAAAAGUUAAUAUGAAGAUGGAAAAUUUUAUGAUGAUAUGAAUGUCCAUGUUAAGGACGCAAUAGAAUUGAGCAUAAACGUGAUUAACCUCGACAAUUGAAUCAGAUAAUAUUACUGAUCCUGAUUCAAUAGAGGAAUUUAUUAACCAUGAAAAUGAAUGUGCCCAAUCAAAGUCCGUUAUUGGUACUAAUCAAAUAGAUGAAGUAUUGAUUGAUUCUCUUGAGGACAGUGGAUCGUGUCAAAUUUUUUCCACUUCCCCCUCAUCAUCAUCAUCAUCAUCGCCAUCAUCAUCAACUAUUAAUGCAGGUGAUUUAUUAUUAUCACCACCACAACAACCACCACAACAACCACCAACAUCAACCACCAGUGAUUAUAAAUUAGUUGAUAGUGGUGUGAAUCUAUCUGACAAUUUAUUAUUGAUUGUUGAUUGUUCCAAUAAUAAUAACAGUGAUUUAAAUUCAAAUCUGAUGACCAAUAAUUUGAUUUCAUCGCCAUCUCCACAUAAUAAUAACAUUGCCAAUAAAGAUAAAAGUUUCCCAGGUAAAAAGAAAGAGGAUGAAAUAGUUAAUCUUAAUGAAAAUCAUUAUAAUCAUGAUCAUCAUCACGUUUCCAACAAUAAUUCAAUUGAUAAUGGUGACGAUGUCAAGACUCAGAACGGGAUCGAUUUAAAUGAAAAUUCUGGUGUUAAAAUUACUUCCCAAUCAAAAGCUUCAGUCGACACUUCAUCAAUAAUAGAGAAUAAGAAAUCAACUAAAGAAUAUUGGGAGAAAAGAAUGAUGGCCGAAAUGAAUGGAGAAUCGCCAAAUGUUGACCAAUUAUUGAUUGACACUUCGUUCGAAUUGAAUAAGAUGACAAUAAAUGUUUCGAGUCCCAAUAAUGGUUCUAAUGGUCUUAAGCGAUUGCCAUCUAAUCCCACCUCUCCGGCCAUUCAAAAACUGACCAAUUCAUCUCAACCAUCACCCAAUGGAAGUAUUGGUCAACUCAAAUCACCAAUAAAUGAUCAACCAUUAGUGAAAUCAAAUGGUCAGUAUCACAAUUCAUCAACGAAACUUGGAUCUGAUGGUGAAAGUGGUGAACCCUCACCCGAUUGUAGCUUAUCCCUGGUGGAAAACGAUUCUCUUGAAGGAGGAAGUAGUGAUGAUUCAUCAACUUGUGAUCGUCGAUCGUCACCUGAUUAUGUUAACUGUAAUCACGAUGAUGUUGGUGGUGUCGUUGAUGAAGAUGAUGGUUUCCGUGACUGCGAGUCAAGUCCAGACGUUUGUGUAUCAGGUUGUCGUCCAGUUGAUGGGUCAUCUUCAAUGUCACCUGAAACGAUGGCCACUUUAGUGACCACAAGCGUUAACAAUUUGAAUAAUCAUCGGCGAAAUCCAUCCUCAUCUUCAUCGGUUAUUGGCAAGAAUCCAAAUUCUUCUUUAUCAUCAUCAUCAGUAUCAUCUUCUCCUGUUCCACCUCCACCAUCAUCUUCAGCAUUCUCAAAAGAAACAUCAACACCAAAAUCAUCAUUAUUAUCUGAAUCUAACCCUCAAUUAACCUCGACAAUUGAAUCAGAUAAUAUUACUGAUCCUGAUUCAAUAGAGGAAUUUAUUAAACAUGAAAAUGAAUGUGCCCAAUCAAAGUCCGUUAUUGGUACUAAUCAAAUAGAUGAAGUAUUGAUUGAUUCUCUUGAGGACAGUGGAUCGUGUCAAAUUUUUUCCACUUCCCCCUCAUCAUCAUCAUCAUCAUCGCCAUCAUCAUCAACUAUUAAUGCAGGUGAUUUAUUAUUAUCACCACCACAACAACCACCACAACAACCACCAACAUCAACCACCAGUGAUUAUAAAUUAGUUGAUAGUGGUGUGAAUCUAUCUGACAAUUUAUUAUUGAUUGUUGAUUGUUCCAAUAACAAUAAUAAUAACAGUGAUUUAAAGUCAAAUCUGAUGACCAAUAAUUUGAUUUCAUCGCCAUCUCCACAUAAUAAUAACAUUGCCAAUAAAGAUAAAAGUUUCCCAGGUAAAAAGAAAGAGGAUGAAAUAGUUAAUCUUAAUGAAAAUCAUCAUAAUCAUGAUCAUCAUCAUGUUUCCAACAAUGAUUCAAUUGAUAAUGGUGACGAUGUCAAGACUCAGAACGGGAUCGAUUUAAAUGAAAAUUCUGGUGUUAAAAUUACUUCCCAAUCAAAAGGUAAUUCUAGUAGCUCCUUUGGUGAUGGUGUUGUUAGACCAACAAUUAUUGGUCAAUUGGCUAAACCCUCUGAUGAUGAGAUAAUAGAAUCAUCAAUGAUAAUAAAUGCUAGUGAAUGUAUUGAAGCAAAAUCACCUCUAUCAUUAUCUUCAUCUCCAUCAUCAUCAUCAUCAUCUUCUUCUUCUUCUUCACCACGAGAUGUUAAUAGUAAACUGUCAGUCUCCAAUGAACCUGCUUCCAUGAUGGUUAAUUAUGAUGAGAAUGAACAUUUAUCUCAUAAUUCAUCACCAUUAUUAAUACAAAAUGAAACAAUGAACAUGAAAAAACAAUCAUUACACGUAACUUCAUCAUCACCAAUUUGUGAUAAUAAUACAAUUAAAUCAUGUUCACCACGACCAUUGGCUGGUAUUGUUGGUAAACAAACAGGUAAAAUUGUUAAACGAGAAUCAUCAUUACCAAUUACUUCAUCAUCUUCCUCUUCAUCAUCUACAAUUAAAUCAACUGCUGAAUCAAUGAUUGCUGAAGAGAUUCGCCAAUUAAAGGAGCGAGAAGAGGAACUGGCUCAAAUGAGAGCCUCGAUGUCCAAACAUCAAGGGUCAACAUUAACAUCUUCAACAACUUCUCUUCACAAUCCUUACCCUCACCAGCAACAUUUCAAUGGAGCUAAUCAUCUUCAUCAACAACAUCACCCACACCAUAAUCAACACUCUCAAAAUUUGGGUAAAUCAACACCAUCCCAUUGUUCAUCGAUUGAUGGUAAAUCAUCACCAGCGUUAUCUGACCUUUCCUCAUGUUCAGUUGGAACCAUUUCCAAUGAUUCAAUUGAUCCAGUUCCAUCAAAGCCAAUUAGCUUGGAAAUAUUAUCAAGUAAAGUGUCCGGAUUAAUUGGAGAAUCUCCAAUUGAACGAGAGAUCCGUAUUGCACGGGAACGGGAAGCUGAAUUAAAAGCUCAAGUUCAAUUAACUCGAUGUUUAUCUAAUUCAAUUGUCUCAUCAACCAAUGAUUGUCAACAACAAUUACCAACAACAACAACAACAACAGUAACAAAAGGAUCUAAUGUUGAUAUCAUCACCAACAAUAAUACCAAUGGUGCUGGUAAUGAUAAUGGUUCACUGAUGAUAGGUAAAUCAUUGUCAACAACAACAGAUGAAACAAUUGUUACCUCAACGGAAACCAAAUUACCCGUUUUCAAGCAAAACUCAUGUGGUGCUGCAAACGCUGCCGAUAUACAGAAACUUUUGGCAACGACUCGCAUCCAGCAGGAAAUUGAGGAGCAAACUCAACGUGAGUUGGCGCUAAAAGCGACCGGAUCAAUAAAAACUAUCUCACAAGAAAGGACUGAUCUUAAGGUCACCAAACUGACCGAUAUUGAUAAGGCUGGGUCAAAUUACUCAUCCAUUACUCAAAUCAAUGGUAUCAGUCCACCAACAACAGCAACAACAACAGUAUCAUCAUCAUCAUCAACGUUACCAAACAACAUUAAGGCAACAGUAAACAUUGAACCUCAAACUGCCAAAAACAUUGAAACUUCAUUUGGAGGAUUUAAUACUAACGGAUUAACAGGGAAUAAUAUUUCAAACAAUCAACAUGGUUCCAAUGGAUUAGCAUCAUUAUCAUCAUUAGUUAAUGGUACCAAUAAUCAUCAUCAGCAGCAACCAAAUAAUAAUCAUGUUAAUAUUAACAACGUUAAUGCCAGCAAUCAAAAUAAUCAUGUAAACAUUAUUCAAACUAAUAAUAUAAACAAGCCAAUUACAUCAUCGAUCCCAUCGUCAUCAACAACAACACUGUCAUCCUCAUCUUUAUCAACAGCAUCUUUAUCUUCAUCAUCCUCUUUGUCAUCUUCAUCAUCUUCUUCAACCAUAACACCAACAUCAGGAACAAUAACAACUCUGAAACGAACUGGUUUCCAACCUUUCAUGAAAAAAGGUUUAACCAAAAGCAUUUCAAUGCAUAAGUUUAUCUCCUCCAAAGGUAAAACAGCAACAUCAACAGGUAAUCCAACAUGUUCACCUUUCUAUCAGAUGGGUUCAUGUACUGAUCUUUAUGGAGGUGAACUACGACCUCCGAUAAUGAUAAAAGGUGAUAAAGGUUUUCGUCGAGGUUCAAUUUCAGCGGAAUCAAAGAUUCAGGAAGAGCUUAAAGAGAUGAAAGCUCGAGAAGAGGAAUUAAGACGCCAACGAGCCAGGUUGAUGGGCUUAUCUCAACCUAAUUUGAAUCUCCUUGGUCGAGAUGCUGGUGAUGAUGAUGAUAAUAAUGAUGCUGAUGAUGGUCAUCAUGGUAAUGAUGAUUAUCAUGAUAUUAAUAAUGGUGAUUCUGGUUCUGCUGGUCGGAAUGGUUCAUUGUAUGAAACUGUUGCGGGAUUAAAACGGACAAUCAGUAACCCAAAUAUUAUUUCACAUGAUGAUGAUAAAAAAGUGUGCCAACAAUUUGGAAAUAGUUUAAAGCCUCGGAAGAAUCCGUUAAUUGCUCAAUGGGAGAAGAAAAUAAUUAAAGAUAAUCCGAAUCCGGAGCCAAGGUUUUAAUUCACAUUUAAUUUGCAAUCAAGAGCCAAAAUCGACAGGAUAAUCAAUUGAUGGGAUAAAACGAUGAACAAUUUAAAGAAAAAAUUACAAAUAAUCAAUCGAUUAUUUGAUUAAAUUAAAAAAAAAAUCUUCAACAUACUUAAAUUGUAAUUUAUCAUGAUGAUAACUGCUGAUGAUUUACCUGGAAUUGGAUUGGAGGAGGAUUAAUCAUCAUCAUCAUCAUCGUCUUGAUCAAUGAUAAUUAACUUUAUUUUUGCCUCCCUUGUUUUAGUUUUUUAUCAAUUUAGUAAGAAAAACAAAUUACAAGGAGGUAAACAAUAUAAAUGAUAUGAUUAAUUUGGAUAAUCAUUUUAUAUAAUUGAUCAUAUUGGUUAAUUAUAUAAAUUGCAAGGCAAUUGAUCACUUAUCUAAAUCAGUUUGAAGGAUUGGUAGAUCUUCAAUCAUUUACUAAUUGUUAUAAUCCUCAUUAAUGUAAUCAAUCUAAUAUAUUUACACACAACCCAUUCCCCCCUCUCUCAGCCUUAAUUGUCAGCUAAUUGUCCUUGAUUGUGUGAAUGUGUAUGAGUUUUAUAUAUGUGAUAUAAUCAAAGUAACCGAUAUCUUUAGUUAUCCAAGUUUUGUAACCUUUAUCAUUUAAUUAUCUAGUUACUUGGUCAACAUAAUUUACCCAAAAUUUUGACUGACCAACAUUAAUUUUGUAUUUUCCUCUGGAAACAACAGGUCCGAAUCAGUUAAUUGUGCCUUUGAUUUAUAAUAAUUUACUACGAAAAUUUAAUAAUAUAUUUUAAACCUUAAAUAUACACAAACACAUACACAAAGAGAUACACAAGGAAAUGGACAACAAUCAAUUUGGAAUCAAUUUGGAAAAUUUAAUUCUGAGAAGGAAAAAACAAUUCAAUUGGAGAUUAAUUCUUAGUCCCUUUCCCUUUUAAAUUUUGAAUUUAAUUAAUCCCUUAUUUUUGGUUCCCUCAAUUUUUUACUCUUUAUUUUGUGAUUAAGCUUUUGUUUAAUCGUAACAAUUAAACUUAACAAUCCAAGUUGUUAAAUGUUAUCAUAA